AUGAUACUACUGCCCGAGUCUGAUGUGCUCGAUGAGAAGUGCCGAGUCGUCGUCGGCGGGGAGGAGAAGGGUGGGAGUGAGAUGGCGAUUCAACGACUGCCCAUACUGCGACUAGCAGUAGGACACCCGCCAAUCCAAGAUAUCCCGGCGAGUUCUCCAACAAACUCACCAACCUCUACUCUCUCCGCGCUCUCCAUCUCCAAAUGGUCCAUACGCGGGCCAGACGCCACCUGUGCAGCCCUUACUACAGACGAGUCGACUAUCACAGCGGAUAUCGAGCCGCCGCCUGAUGGGGGGUAUGGCUGGGUGUGCGUCUUGUCCUGUUUUCUGAUUAACGCCUUCAGCUGGGGUGUUGUUUCCUCCUACGGCGUAUACUUAGCCUACUACCUAACCCACCCCCUCUUCCCCAUCGCCACCCCAACCACCUACGCCCUCCUCGGCGGUCUCAACUUCGGCACCGCCACCCUCUGCGCCCCCCUCCUCACAAUCCUAACCCGUCGUUAUGGACCCCGGCGCCUCAUCCUCCUCGGUGCCUUCCUCCAAACCCUCUCACUGAUUCUCGCUUCCUUCGCUACCGAGACGUGGCAUUUACAUCUUACUCAGGGUGUGUUGCUGGGUUUAGCGGUGGGGUGCGCGUAUAUACCUUCUGUGGCUAUAUUACCUCAGUGGUUCGAGAAGAGGAGGUCUAUAGCAGCGGGGAUAGCGGCCGCGGGGUCGGGGGUGGGUGGGGUGAUCUUCUCCUUCGCGACGCAGCCGUUGAUCGACCACUUCAGCCUCGCCUGGUCCCUCCGCGCCAUCGCCGUCAUCUCGGGAAGCAUGCUCCUCGUCGCCGCCCUCCUCCUGCGCACGCGCAACGCCGCGAUUCAACCACGCCAACACGGAUUCGCUAUCCGACUCCUCGCGCGCUACGAGGUCGUGUUGCUGCUCGGGUGGUCGUUUGCCAGUCUCGUCGGGUAUAUCGUCUUAUUAUUCAGCCUCUCCGACUACGCCCAAUCCAUCGGUAUCCCCCCCUCGCGCGCAGCCUCCAUAACAGGUCUCGUCAACGUCGGUACCGCCGUCGGUCGUCCCUUCGUCGGCGCACUAAGCGAUCGCUGGGGACGCAUCGAGGUUGCGGGCGUGGUGACGGCGGUGUGUGGGGUGAGUGUGUUUGCGGUUUGGGUUCCCGCCGAAAGGGGGGGGGAGGCGGUGGUGAUGGGGUUUGCGGUGCUGGCGGGGGCGACGUUGGGGACGUUUUGGGUGGCUAUUGGGCCGUUGUGUGUGGAGGUUGUGGGGUUGGUGGAGUUGCCGGCGUUGUUGUCGUUGGCGUGGGUGGUUGUUGUUGGGCCUUGUACUGUCUCGGAGGUAAUAGCCCUCAAACUCCGCACCCCCGGCACGUCACACCCCUACAUCGGCCCGCAAGUCCUCGCCGGCACCGCAUACCUCGUGGCAGCCGGCAUCAUGCUCGAGCUAUGGCGUGUUCAUCGCGGGAAAUCGGGGAGGGCGGCGGUAGGGGUUGAUGUUGAAGAGGGAGGAGAAGCAGGGGGGGUGAGAGUUAGAGGGGAGGAGCUGAUGGAAGAGGUUGUUGUUGUAUCAGGUGACCACAAGAACGAGGUGAACAGACAGCAGGUGCAGGAAGAAAAGUCAUAA